AUGACUUUCUGUGAGCAUAAGCAUAUCUGCAGGGCCAUCGCUUACAUGGGUUACACCUGGAAUAACGAGUUCUGCGACAAUGCUAUUCUCGUAGCGGUACUCUUCUACGGGGGACACUUAGUCAUGUCAGACAUGAUGACUACUGAUCAACUGAUUACCUUUCUCCUCUAUCAAAUGCAGCUCGGCGAGAACCUUUAUAACAUUGGCUAUGUGAUGACCGGUUUGAUGGAAUGCGUAGGGGCGUCAAGAAAGGUUUUCGAGUACAUGUAUCGUGAACCAGAAAUUCCAAAUGAUGGAGAGAUGAAACCACCCCUUAGUGGGCGGAUCGAGUUCAAAGAAGUAGAGUUCACCUAUCCGUCACGGCCAAACAACAAAGUGUUGAAGGUAACCAUUUCAGUUGAUGCAGUUCAUUUCUGGAUUACAAGAAACUUCUUUUCCAGGGUUUGGAUUUGGUUGUUGAGGCUGGGCGUACAACAGCACUUGUUGGGCCUAGCGGCGGUGGAAAAUCGUCGAUUGUUCGCUGAUUUCAGCACUUUUACGAGCCAACCAGUGGCACCAUCACGGAUUGAUGGCGUCAAUAUAAAAGAUAUUUCCCAUAGUUUCUACCAUCAGAAGAUUGCUCUCGUUGCUCAAGAGCCAAUCCUCUAUAACGGUUCAGUACGAUACAACAUACUGUACGGUUGCGAGUGGGCAACGGAGGAGGACAUGCUCCGGGCGUCUAAGACGGCUAACGUUCAUAAUUUUGUAACUGAACUCGGAGAAGGCUACGAUACUAAUUGUGGAGAAAAAGGAGUACAAAUGUCAGGUAAGAGUUUCGACUGGUUUCUCAAAGAAUCGCAGUCACUUUCUAUUCGCGUAUCCCCGAUCCAAGAAUGA